AUGGAGAAGACUGAUAUAGGAUAUUUAAAAAUUGAAGAUACAAUUAAAAACAAAUUGUUUUCUAAUAAUUUAAAAACAAUUGAAGAGCUGAGCAUGAAUUAUCUGGAAAAUGUCAAUUUUAAGGAAAUAAACUUCAUACAGUCAGAAAUUUUCAAACAACAUAUCAAAGAAUUAGGAUUAAAGGAAACACAAGAAAUAAGUGGUAUAGAACAAAAUAUACAAUCAAUUAAAAGAUACUAUAAAGAUAUAUAUUCUAUAAGUGAUAAUGAAACAUAUUGUAAGAGAAAGAAAAGAAAUACAUAUUGUAAUAAUAUGAAUAAUUCUGAUGGUUUUAAUGGGAAUGAUAAAGACCUUUCUUCGUCCUCGUCAUAUAAUUUGUCAUCUGAUAAAUCAUGUGAUAUAUCAUGUGAUAUAUCAUCUGACAUAUCAUCUGAAAUAUCAUCUGACAUAUCAUCUGAAAUAUCAUCUGAAAUAUCAUCUGGCAUAUCAUCUGAUAUGUCAUCAAAUAUGUCAAGUUUUUCUUCCAGCUCAUCAUUAAUGUCCUCCAUUUCUCACACACAUCCUAGGAUGUCUAAUUCUUACGAUGAACUAACACAUGAAAAUAAUACAAAUAUCUACACAUCCAUUAUAUAUAAUAAUAUUAAUGAUUAUGUGUAUGAUAAAGACAAGAAUAAUAAAAAAACUCUUAGAUAUAUAAAAAAAAACUCAUUAGAAGAAAAUUUUUUGAUAUAUUCAGACUUUAUGAAAAAGAAUAUACAAAAUAAAAAAUAUUAUAAAACAACAAUUGAAUCUUUAAAUGAUCUAUUAUGUGAUGGUAUAGAAACAUCACAGUUAUAUUAUUUUUAUGGUGAAAAAACAAAAAUAAAUAAAAUUAUUCUGGUCAAUUUAUUGUAUGAUAUAAUUCUUAACAAUAAAUAUGAGGAAAAAACUUUGUCCAUCAAUAAAGAGUCCAUAAUAUUUAUACACUUUAGUCAUAUUAAUGAUAUAUCUAAAAUACUUCAUAUUAUAACAAAUAAAUUAAAAAAAAAUAAAACAGAAACAUGUCAUAUAAAAUACGAUGAUAUCCUACAACAUUUUUGUAUGUUGCGAAUUAAAAAUAUUUCAGAUCUGAUAUCUUUUUUAUCAUAUAUCAAGGAACAUUCUUUGAAAAAUAAAUGGAAUGUAUAUUGUGAUAAUAAAAAUUAUAAUAAAGAGGAAAACUACAAACAAAAUAAUAAUUGCAAUAAUAAUGUACAUAUAAAGGUGGAACACCCAAAUAAAGAUAAUACUGAUAAAUAUAAUACUGAUAAAUAUAAUACUGAUAAAUAUAAUACUGAUAAAUAUAAUACUUAUAAAUAUAAUACUGAUCAAUAUAAUAAUUAUAUACAUGACAAAAAUGAUAGAUUUAAAAACAUUUCUUGUAUAGCCAUAUAUAAUUUUACUAAUUUACUAAAAAAUAUAAAUAUCAAUAAUCCAUUUGAUUAUUUUUAUUUAGUAAGAGAAUUAAAAAUCGUAGCAAACAUGUUAAAUAUAGCUAUCCUCAUUUUUGAUGUGUCAAAACAUGAAAUAGUGGAUAGCAUCCACAAUAAUAAAAAUAAUAACAAAGAAUUAAAAAUGAAAAAUAUAACAACUCAAAAUGAUAAAGAAUAUAACAACAAUAAUAAUAAUUAUUAUUAUAAUAAUAAUAAUAAUAAGUGUGAAAGUGAGGGAAAAAAUCAUAAUAAAAUUUGCCAGAAUUAUAUUAAUCAAUCUUAUCAAGAUAUAAACCAUGAAACUCAUAGUCAUAUAAUAGAUAAUAAAGAUAUUAUAUCAACACAAAAAAAAAAAAAUAUAUAUAUGACAAACAUAAAACAAAAUAAUAUUAAUAUUGAAAAUUAUUCCAGUGAUACUACUAGUAAUGAUACCAUUAUCUAUGAAGAAAAUUCAUAUAAUAGUAGCCUUUCUGAUUUAACAGACUUAAAUAUUAAUAAUAAUAUUUCAAAUAAUCAAUAUAUAAAUCAUAAUUCUUAUACUAUUAAUAAUCAUAGUAACCAUAUUAUAAAUACCAUUCAACAAAAGAAUGAUUAUAUAAAUUUCUUUUAUAAUGAAAAUAUGUCUUUUCGUAUUAACAAAAUACCUUUACCAUUUCAAAUUUAUAACAACUUCAAUAUUGUUAUACAAAUUGACCUUAUACAAAAAAUCAAAAAUAAAAAAUUCAUUAGAUUUACUCUUAUCAAAUCACAAAAAAAUAUUAAAUAUCUCUAUUCUUAUUCGUGUAUUAAAAAAAAUAUAUUAAUUGAUAUGUAG